AUGAAGAUGAACCAAUUUGAUAAUGUAUCCCAACUCUACAGCUGGUGGAAUGGGAGAGAUAUAGGACCCCAGCCGAUUCAUUGUGGAUUACACAUGAUAUCCCGAGGCUCAACAGCCGCCUACCGAGCCCAGAACUACAACAACACCGAGCGUCCAACUCCCAACCUGGCACCAAAAUAUCAAUCGAAAUAA